AACCGCAAACAGAGGGGCACUUCAGAGCAAAGCUCCGGGAGAAAUGUGACCUGGACCAGUACCUGCAAGCUCUACAAGACAGGAUCACAUCUUCUGCUAAGGUAAAAGUGAGCAGCUGAAGGAGACAGGCCCAUCAUCGAGCAUGUCUUGGUUCAGCUGGAGCGAGCCGUACUAUCGGAGCCCGCGGCGCGAGCCGUCUGAAGUGAUAACGGACACCCUGAUGCUGGAGCUGAGCUGGCAGAUGAAAGAGGCCGAACAACUGCAGCGGGAGCGCGACAAUGAUUAUCGGAGGCUGAAAAGUGGCGUGGACUACAGCUGGCUCAUCAGCGUCCCCCCCAGUUCAUUCGACAUCAGCCAAGGAGAGAGACUGGGCCUUGAAGAGCUGUGUGGUAAAGUGCCGCCAUCAUACUGUGGAUCUGUAAUUCAAAGGUUUCGACAGGUGCUGAUGGAGAAUGAGCCUGAGGUGCAGGAGGUCUCCGGAUUCUUCCGCACCGUGCUGGUGGAAACCCUCGAGCGUGUUCAGGAGGAGCAGGAGGCUCAACGUCUAUCCCAACAGUGGAACAACAGACGCUCCAUCAGUCUGUCUCUUCUCAGUUUCAGGUCACGUGUGCGGAUCAACCCGUUCAGCAGCACCCUGGGACUGAAGAACAGUAACAGCUCAGAGGAGGAAGGUGCUGAUGUUAAGACUGUGUGUGGUGAUGUUGAGAAGGGCGUGGCUCAGACAACAGAGAAGGCCCAGCGGGUGUGGAGCAUGCCAGAGUUAAGACACAAGGGCAUCAACGGUAAAGCUUGAGUGACCUGUGAGGGAGUCUGGUCAAAAGCUGCCUGGCAUUAACUGUGACGUAUAUUUAUUUAAGUGCAAAAAAGGUGUUGCUCUCAUAGGUCUUACAAACCAAGUGAAAAACAUCUAAAGGGCAUACAAAUGUUGUAGUCACACCCUUAAGUAUAGCGCAGGCCAUUAUAUGGAUUAGACAUAGGUUUUUCUGAACACUACAACUACAUAUACAAAUGUAGCAAAAAACAGGAAUGAUUUGAGAAAAUAAAGCACUCAAACCCUACAUACAAAAUCUUUCAUAAAAAUUUUAUGAGGUCCAGGAAAAAAUUAUAAAGUGACAACUAGCAGUGUAAAGACAGUUGUUAUCCCCCGACCAUGCAAGAAGUAUCGUAACUUGACUUUCGUGAGUAAAACUGAUUUAAUCAAUCUGUUGCUCUUGCAAUUUUUUCCUAAUGUUUCUAUUGACAUCUGCAGUAUAAAGGUUUUUAAAAAUACAGAAUAUUUUAAAAUUGUUGUUGAUUAAAAAAAACUUUUGUAACAUUUUUCUUUGUUGGCAUUAAAAUGUUUUUUUUUCUCUGAGUCUUGCUUGUGUACAUGUGUUUUGUGGACUUGAAUUGUUGGGGAUGCGAGAGAUAACUAUUUAUAUGAUUUUGAUUAUAUUUUGUGUCAUAUGAAAUACAGUCAAUAUCUGUAACAGAUGCAUUUCAUGCUAAACACUGUUUAAUUUCUUCUCUCGUACAAUAAAGAUAUGUCGAUA